UUAAGAAAAACUGAGAAGGUGUCAUGUGCAUGUUAACUUCCGCAUAAAGGGUUAUCAUGUAGGAAGAGAAAUGAGGUUGUCUUGAGCAUUACUUGCAGAGAGGGAGAAACCUUUUCAUCAUGACUGAUCUUCACAGCUGGUUCUUUGCAUCCUGGGUUCUCUGUUACCUCACAAUUUCAAAAUGCAGCGACGUCAUUGUACAGAGUUUCGAGGGUGAGAGUGUCAUUUUGCCAUGCAAAUAUGACAGCAAAUAUCAUGGAAAAUGUCAUAUAUGCUGGAUGAUAGGAGACAUUCCCAAUAUGGGUUGUGGUAAUGAAAUUAUUGGAAGUGAUGGAGAUAAAGUGGUGAGGAAAAUAUCAUCCAGAUACCAGCUGGCGGGAGAAAUACCACAUGGAGACGUGUCUCUGACCAUCCUAAACAUUGAAAAAACAGACUCUGGAAAAUAUGGAUGCCGCAUACAUGUGCCUGGACUGUUUAAUGAUGAGUUGUAUUACGUCCACUUGAUUGUUAAUGAAGCACUUAUUCCAACAACAUGGGAAACUACAUCCCUGUCGAGCACCACAUCUGAGCAUGAAACUACGGGAGUUUUCAGCACUGCCAUGACAGAGGCACCUGGUCCAACCACACCAGAGCCUUUGGUAACCACUAUUUCUGGGCUUAUAUCCUCUGAAUCAAAGACCACUGAAACUUCAGGAGUAGAAACGAACACAACACAAGAGAGUUCUUCAUUCGCGUUUUCAACAAAUCCUCCAGAGAGCAGCACUUUUGGACUGCGGCCCUCCGACACAACAUAUGAAACCUCAUUUGAUCAUCAUGAAUCAUCCUCCAUGGAAAAAAAAGAUAGUGUAAAUACAUCUGCGGUGAUUGUGCCUGUCAUCCUGUCACUGCUGGUGUUGAUAGUCAUUGUUGUCAUUCUGAUAUUGAAGCAAAAGAAGAAAACCAGAGCUACGGUAGACAUAACCCAGAACUCGGAGAACUCUGUCAUCUACAGUAACUCUGGCAGCAGCGUGGGCCUGUACAACAGAGAGAUGGCUGUGGAAAACAUCUAUCAAAUACAACCUGAAAAUGAAUAUGAACAGUGGAAUUAAUUCACAUGUACUAUUUACCUUUAAGUUGAUCAGUGUGGACUUCUUGUCUUCUGUUGUAUUUACACUGUGUUUAUAACAAUGUGACAGCUAUUGCUGAUCAGAGAAAUUAUUGCUCUGGACUAACCUUACUCUGAUGUCUAGCGGCUAACAUACUGCAACACUAUAUUAUUAUUAAAACUAAGUUAACUAAUCUAAGUUUGAAUGCUUUACUUUAUCUUAACCUUUCACUGCGUUUCACAGUUUACACCAAUUCAGGGCUGCGGAAGUGCUGACAUGGGUUCAGAGAAGUGAUAAAACCGAAUACAAUAGAAGCUAAAUGGUACAAUUCAAUAGGUUGAACAGUGUUGAUAUCACAUUUUCCAUUGAUAAUGACAGAUAAAAAUGUUCUUGGUAAAAAAAUAAAAAUCAUAUUUGUGAUUCAUAUUUGCCGACCAUCUUUACGCUGGUUCACAACCUCUUAUUACACUCAUAGUUCACACCCAGAAAACUUCCUUCCACCAUCACAGACCAAAAACAUUUGAUUAACUACCAUGCAAUUUUUCAGAAGUAUGUUCUGCAAUGUGAAUACAUAACAGAGGAAACGAUUUGUGCAAAUCAGUAAACUCAAUACAUUUUAACAGAUCUGAGCAUACAUACUGUUUAAAAAUUUGGGGUUAGUCAGAUUUUGUAACGUUUUUUGAAAGAAAUCUCUUAUGCUCACAAGACUGCAUUUAUUUGAUCAAAAAUGCAGUAAUAUUGUUAAAUAUUAUUCCGAUUUAAAAUAAUAAUAAAAUGUCAUUUAUUUUCAGCAGCCAUUA